UUAUGCUAAUGAUGUGUCAUCAACACAUUAGGCUGCAAGGGUGGGAACUGCCAAUUUCGAUAAAACUCAGAGUACCAGACGGUUAUUAAUAUACUUUUAGGUUGCCGUCAAAGACAAGCGAUAAACGUCGUCUUUUUGAAUAGGUUGUCAUAAAGUUAUCACGAUAAUAGGACGAGGAAACCGCCUCAAACUGCUAAGCUACGUAAGAUUUUCCACAGCUGGACCGUUAGCAAGGAGGCUAACUGGCUAAUUCCGUUUUGUUUUUUGGUCCUGACGGGACACGAGAGUGAUGUCCUGCAGCUUAUUGGAGUUUUGCAGGCUCCAAGAGCUCAAAUCGGUCCGGGACUUCUUGUUCCAGAGCCAGAACACCGAGCCAGCCGAGGAGAAGAACCAAACAGAUAAUGAGCUGUCCUGGGACACCUCUGACUGGGAGUCGACAUGGGAUAAUGGCGAAAAUAAAGAAGAGGGAUCCACUCCUGCCACAGCGGUGGAGGAGGAGACCACGGGGCAAAGUGGACCCUGGCUGCAGGAUUGUGUUGUGUCUCUCUCACCCUGCUCCGACCUGCUAGUGGUGGCCCGUGAACAGAAAGCAGCCUUUCUCUCAGCCAAGUGGCGUACAGAUGAUGGUGGCAGAGAUGAAAUGACUCUAGCUGUGUCCUGGUCUGGAACCCUCAGUACUGAAGAAGGGGAGUGUGUGAGUAGCGCCAUCUGUAUCCCCUUGGCCAGUCAAAAGAGGAGCUCCACCGGGCGGCCUGACUGGACAUGUGUAGUAGUUGGUUUCACAUCAGGCUAUGUCCGCUUCUAUACAGAGAGCGGUGUUCUGCUCCUGGCUCAGCUGCUGCAUGAGGACCCUGUGUUGAGGCUCAAGUGUCGCACUUAUGAGAUCCCUCGUCAUCCUGGUGUCACUGAGCAGCAUGAGGAGCUGAGUAUCCUCUACCCUGCUGCUCUGGUCACUAUCGAUGGCUUCAGUCUCUUUCAAUCUUUGCGAGCCUGCAGGAACCAGGUGGCAAGAGCUGCAGCAGCUGGUAGUGAUGCGAUACCGCCUCCUCCUCUGGCCUAUAAGAAGUGGGGUCUGCAGGACAUGGACACAAUUGUGGACCACAGCAGUGUUGGUGUUAUGACGCUGUGUGUGUUUGACCAAAUGAAGAAUGCAUCUAUCCUCGGGGGGUUCAAUGCUUCAGUCAAAGGAAGCCCCCCGGCCAUGAGCCAGUAUGUCACUGUAGGAGCUGGGCCUUACACUGGCUUUUACUAUGCUGUUGAGGGAAGUUCCCAGCCUCUUCUGUCUCACGUGGCUCUGGCUGUGGCCAGUAAGCUGACUUCAGCUCUCUUCAGUGCAGCCAGCGGGUGGUUAGGAUGGAACAAGAACAAGACUGAAGAGGAGGCUGUACAGAAACAGAAGCCCAAGGUGGAGCCUGCCACCCCCUUGGGGAUCAGAUUUGGUCUCCCAGACUCUCGGCGCCAUGGCGAGUCUAUCUGUCUGUCCCCAUGCAACACCCUGGCCGGAGUGACGGAUGACUUUGGUCGCGUCACGUUGCUCGACUUGGCCCGAGGUAUUGCCAUCCGUAUGUGGAAAGGUUACAGAGACGCCCAGCUUGGUUGGCUGCAGAUUCCAGAGGAGCGUGGUGGUCGAGAGUCCUCUCCCUCGUCUUCUCUCCCCAGACGUCACGCUCUCUUCCUUGUCAUCUACGCUCCCCGGAGGGGAAUCCUGGAGGUGUGGGCGAUGCAGCAAGGGCCUCGAGUCGGUGCUUUCACCGUGGGAAAACACUGCAGGUUACUAUAUGCUGGCUACCGGCUGAUGGGUGUAAACAGUGUGACUAGUCAGGGCUGGCAGCUCCAUACCCAGCAGGUGUGUCUACUGGAUCCCACCACAGGAGCACUGAGGACAGUGAACAUACCCUUCCACUUGGCCCUCAGCGACAAGAAGAGUGAGCGAGCCAAAGACAUGCACCUGGUAAAGAGACUGACUGCUCUACUCAGAAGCAGUGAAGUGGAGCCUGAUGUUUUGGAGACUGAAGCCAGAAGUAUCCUGCUGGAUAUCAAACACCCUGCCAUAAAGAAGCAGGCUUUGGAGUCUCUUCUUUCAAACAAGAAUGCUCCGGUCUCUUGUCUUACCAACAUCACACGUGCCUUAAAUGACACUCUGAAGCAACAAGCCCCAGAGGAAGUGGAUGCCACAUUACUCCAGCUCUGCUCUUCACAGCUGAAACUGCUUCAGCUCUUCACAGACAUCCAGCAGCUGCACUCUGCUGCAGACUUUGAGGCCUGCUCUGAAAAUCAGGACUCCCUUGAAGGCAUCGAGGAUGAACUGUCUCGUGUUGGACCCACCUUACAACGCUAUGCCCAGCUCUCCUCAAGACCCAGUGUUUCAUUUGCCCAGGACUCCCCCGACUUACCCCUGCCUGCCCAAGGGUUCCUGUCUCAGAUCGAGUGCACAGAAGAUGGGGAGUUGAAGGUUGUCUGCAGGUCUGAAACAGAAUGGAACCAGCUAGGAAACUUCAUGUUCUGGGGCUGUCUGUGUGGAAAAAGCCCCCUCCAUAAAGUCUGUGAUGCAUUACAACAGGCUGGCAUCAGUCCACAGCAGCUAUUGUCUUUGUUGCUCAGCGUGUGGUUACAAAGAGAAAGGGAUGUACUACAGAAACCGGCAGAAAUGGUUAAAAAUCUCCACACACUACUUGUUGCUCUUAGCAACAUGAAAGGUGCAGUUGAAGAGUCAUGGGACACACAGUCUAUCUCCCCCUGGUGGCAGCAAGUACGCAGUACAUGUAUCCAGUCCCACAACGCUGCAGGUGCUCUACUGGCUGCCUUCGUAGCUCACCGUGCUGCUAAAGCUUGUAUCACAAGCCGGGCCGACAGCAAGUUGCAGUCAGAGUGGGAGACGGUGUCGCUGGAACUGGAGCAGUGGGUUGUGUGUGUUCGCCAGCUGGAGGAUGUGUUGGUGCUGCAGACACUCCUGUUGGUGCCUCCUCCUCAGGGAGCAGCAGGGGGCGCUACAGCUCAGUGCUCCAUCAAGACCCUGCUGGAGGGAGGCACAGGUGGUAUUGCCGACAGUGUCUCCAAGUGGGUGUUCAGGCAAAACUUGUCCCCAGAGCGACUGAAGGAAAUUCUCCAAAGGACAGAAAAUAAAGAUGCAGAGGACAAAGAGGAGGGAGAAAAGAGGGAGGAGAAGCAGAAAACCCACGAGGACACAGACAGGACAGCAGAACUGUUGGUGGCAGUGUGUCAGCGGUUCCCACACUCCCUUUCACCUGACUUUCUCUUCGCACACUGCUGCUGGGAAUAUGUGGUGCAGUGGAACAAAGACCCGGAGGAGGGUCAAUAUUUGUGCUUGGCUGUGGAACAUUUGAAGCUGGUCUCCAGUCCUCAUAUUCAGCUGGGUAUUUCUACAAUGAUGUGGAGUACGUUCAUUGUCAAGCGUUUCUCAGCAGCGGCUUUCCUCAUGGAGAAGGUGGGGAAAGCACCCAAAGAUCGUUUAUGUCGACGGGACGUUGGGAUGGGAGAUAAAGCCAUGACGUCUUUCCUGGGAGGCUGCGUCCAGCUCCUGCAGAUCCUCAUGGAGGUGACCGAAGCAUUGGUUAAGAAUCACUGCCCUUUGUCUUUUUUAAAUUCCUAUGCGGACUCUGCAGUAGAGGAGGUUCCUGCUCCCGAGCUGUCUGUGGAGGAGGCGUGGUGUGGAGCAGAGGGCCCUGCGUCUAUAGCUGAGCUCGCCCUGGAGCAAAAAGGCGUCCACUACCCCCUGGUCCAACACCACUGCCUGUUAGCCUCUCUCCUUCACGCUGCCAUGACCUUCAGUCUCAGGAUCAAACCACUCAGCCUGUUCGACAGCAAGGGUAAGAAUGCUUUCUUCAGAGAUCUGACAACCAUUCAGCUGAUGCCCAGUGGAGACAUGGACCCAGGCUUGGUCUCACUUCGACAAGAGUUCCUCCUACGGGUGCUGACUGGCUGGGUGCAGGCCAUAGAUGACCUUUCCAGCUCAGCGUCAACUACUGGGUCCACUCCCCUGCCUUCCAGUGGACCCAGGGCUGACUGGUGGCCCUCGCUGUGUCUGGACCUGGGCUCCCUGCUGCAGGUCAACCCAGACAUCCUGCGGCGACACCUUGUCUGUGAGCUGUACAACCAAGGCCUGGACCCCCGUGCAGAAGAGGUGAUGUUAGAAGUGGAAGAUAAGGAUGUGCUUGGCUCUCAGCUCUUGGUCCUGACCGGUCAGAGGCUGAGUUACUCACUUCUUCACAGCCAGAGCCAGACACAAGCUGCCAUGGAGCUGCUGGCGCGCCUGCCUCCAACACUCUGCACAUGGCUGAAAGCUAUGGACCCCGGUGAGCUACGGUGUCCUCUGGUCCCUUUGUCCCAAACCAGCCGGCUGGUCGGCCGUCUGAUUGAAAUCCUGCCAGAAAACCACGCACAAUACAGUCUGGCCCUGCACCUCCUGGAGGCCGUCGAGGUCCUCACCACUGAGGACUGAUGCAGGUUUCACGGACACUGCAGAAAGACGCCUCCCCCAGCAUAUGCAGCAUAUGUGACAGAGAAGCAGUUCCUUUCAACAUCAUCACAGAGCUUAUGUUUUUCCACUCAUGCAAUGUUGAUUAAUUCGUCCUCACACUUUAAUUGUAGGCAGCAGUGUAAAAUAGAGUGGAUAUAACGGGCUUUUAAUCUUUUUUAAUCCAUUAUAUUUUUGUGCAUGUAACAUAUAUUGAGUAUUUGUGUUAUUGAAGAGAAUUAUCAGGGUUUGUUGAUGAGGUGUCAUCAAGGAAUGGAUUGUGUCUCUUCACCCUCAUUUUCAUUCAGUUUGACUUUAAAAUGUCCUGUGUGCCAUAUCAGAAUUCUGUUCCCCCUGUUCCUGCAGACGAGAGAUGUACCAUAAAGAAAUAUGGACCUUAUUUUUUAUUUAUAUAUGCAGAUAGUACUGUACUAGCUGUGCCUGUACGCCUGCUAUUCUGUAACACUACGUCCAGCUUCUCCCACUGGGCGCCACUGCAGAAUAAAGAGGUUUCUCAAAAGCUUCAA